GUACAAGGAACUACAGACGGAGGCUCUUCACAACCACUUGCAAGAGUAUUUCUAUGGCAUGCAGAUUCGGCCUGGAGAAACGUAUCGCAAUCUGGAAGUGAGGGUGCAGACAGCGUACCGGCGACUGCAGGAGCACGCUAUAGAGUUACCUUCAGAAGUUCGCGGCUGGUUCUUGGUGAGAAAGCUUCAGCUGGAUGCGGCGGCAGAGGCUUUGAUCAUGACCCAUACCAAGGGGUCGCUCAAGCACGAUGAAGUGACCCGUGCAGUGCAGGCGAUCUUUCCACAUGGAGUUGCAAAGAACGUUCAUGGGAGGACCAAGGAGGUCUUCGAAGCCGAUGAGUACCACAGCGGUGGAAACACAGAGGAGCACAUCAAUGACGUGUUUCAAGCCGUUGCGGACCAAGUGCAAUCUGCGGAUGAAUAUGAUGACGAGGACGCCUUGGACGUGUUCGAGACCUACAAGGAGGUAAGAAGGCGUGUUCAGCAGAAAAAGCUUGGAAGAGGCUACAAGCAUGACGAUGGCAACCAGUGGAAGUUGUCUGGCACGGUGAAAGGAAAAGUGGAGUUGCUGAAGAGCAAAACCAAGUGUCAUCUAUGCCACGAGCGUGGACACUGGAAGCGGGAAUGCCCUCGACGCGGCCAAGGAGGCUCAGGGCGGCAGACUCGACCGAGUGGAUCCAACGAGGCAAUGGUGGCCGACGACAGCGUGGACGGGUACAAGGACUUAGAGUAUGAACACUUCCUCGAUGUAGAUGAGAUCGGCAAGUUCGAGAUAUUUCUUGCAGAAAAGGGAGAUCAGGUGGAAGUGGUUUUGGCCAGUCAGGAUGAGGCCCUGAAUGAGACGGGCGAAGUGAGCGGGGACUUUGAGCGUAGUUUGACCGAGUUUUUGAACAGAUCGGGAGCCGAUGACAUGCAGUCCGAUGAG